AUGGAGAGCGGCGCUGUCAGGGUGGCCUUCGAUUCCAGUCUGGAGGCGGAGUACUCUGCAGCCGGGACGACUUAUUCGAAGCUGCCUUCGUCUCGGUACAGGGGCGUCGUACCGCAGCCAAACGGCCGGUGGGGCGCGCAGAUCUACAAGCGCCAGAAGCGCGUCUGGCUCGGCACCUUCGUCGACGAGGCUGAAGCCGCGCGCGCCUACGAUGUGGCGGCGCAGCGCUUCCGCGGCCGCGACGCCGUCACCAACUUCGUGCCGCUGUCGGCGGAGGACGAGGAGGGCGCGCUGGCGCUGGCCUUUCUCGCCAAGCACUCAAAGGCGGAGAUCGUUGACAUGUUGCGUAAGCACACGUUCCUCGACGAGCUUCGGCAUAGCAAGCGCGCUAGUGCCGGCGCCUUUGGGGUCUCGCGUCGUCGGGCGCAGAGCUACCACGAGACAGCGCGAGUGAUGCUGUUCGAGAAGGCGGUGACGCCGAGCGACGUGGGGAAACUAAACCGGCUGGUGAUCCCGAAGCAACACGCGGAGACACACUUCCAGUUUUGGAGCGGAACAGCAGAGGGGUCAAAGGGCGUGCUACUCAACUUUGAGGACGCCGCGGGCAAGGUGUGGCGAUUCCGGUACUCGUACUGGAACAGCAGCCAGAGCUACGUGCUGACCAAGGGAUGGAUUCGGUUCGUGAAAGAGAAGAACCUAAAGCCAGGCGACGUGAUCAGAUUCUGGCAAUCCACUGGGCCAGAGAAGCAGUUGUACAUCGAGCGCCGCGACGCAGAGUCACCGGUGAGGCUGUUUGGGGUGAACAUAUCGGAGGGACAGGCAGGCUGGUGAGCCUGGGCGCCGUUGUUGCUGAUCUAUAAGCGAUUCGUUUCUUUGUAAGGAACUAAAUUGUUUGAUUGAAUUCGCAAGAAAGCAUUUCGUUCUAUCGAAGUACUUAUCUGG